CACUCCGGUAGAUGGCGAUGAAAAUCUAAAACAGACACGACAUUACUCAUUUCCGGUUUGAUGCUCGCAUGCUUUGAUGUACACACAGUAAAACAUGCCGGUUGAUACUAGACGUAUCCGUGGACCGGAGGUGUCCCAGUCUCCUCUGUUAUUCGUGCCUACGGUUCCUGAAGUCAGCUCCAGCAGGCAGGGCGCGCGGGGAGACGGAGACGUUCGGCCGGUGUUCGCGCGCUGCGGUCUCGUGAGCCAGGCUAAGGGCUCUGCGUACGUGGAGGCCGGGAACACGAAGAUCAUCUGCUCGGUGUACGGCCCGCGCGAGACGGAGCGCAAAGACGAGACCGACAUGAAGAGCGGUCGGCUCGUGUGCGACUUCCGCCUGGCGCCGUUCUCCAGCCCGAAGCGCGGCGCGUGGAUCCAGGGCGCCGAGGAGCGCGACCUGUCCGCGGCGCUGGCCGAGAGCCUGAACCCCGGCGUGUGCCUGCACCGCUACCCGCGCGCGCAGGUCGAUGUCAACGUCGUGGUGCUGGAAAACGACGGCUCCGUGCUGGCGCACGCGGUGACGUGCGCGUCCAUGGCGCUCGCGGACGCCGGGAUCGAGAUGUACGACACGGUGCUGGGCUGCGCGCUCAGGCAGGACGGAGAGCGGCGCCUCGUGGACCCCGAGCUCGCGGAGGAGCAGGACAGCGCGCGCGGGAACCACGACGGAGAGGACCAGGGCCGCGUCACGGUGGCGCUCCUCCCCAACCUCAACCAGAUCUCCGGGCUGCAGGCGGACGGCGAGAUGCGCGAGGACACACUAACGGCGGCCGUGAGAACGUGCGUGGAGGGCUGUCACAAGCUGUACCCGGUGGUGCAACAAGCCAUCCUGCGGGCGGUGAAGAGGAAAGCGCCACCUCCUCCGGAAAACUAACGCUCUUUAGGUUCUAUUCUUCUCAAACUGUAUGCCACACAUUUCGUCUAAGUAUUUUUUUUUCUACAGCAUUUUUGAACAUUAAAGGAGAUUUGUCACCAAA